AUGUUUUCAUUCAUUUUUCUCAUUCAUGCAAGAUUUUCUUCUUUUCUUUACUUUUUUGUUCUUUCAUCGUUCAACUUUAAUAUUGUUUAUUUUAAUUCAUUUCUCCCACUCAUUCUCUUUAUCUCACAUUCUUUUUUUUUUUUACUUUCAUUCAAUUUCUCUUCAUUCUUUUCUUUCCCUUUCUCAUGUCUCUUCUUUUUUUCCUUCACAUCUUUUGUCUCACAUUUCUUUAUUAUUUCAUUAAUUGUUCCGUCAUUCCUUCUCUCUGCAUUUCUACAUAAUUUCCUUUCUCUAUUAUGUCUUUCUCAUUCAUAUGCUUUGUCCGUUGUCUUUUCUUUAUUGUUUUCUUUCUUUGUCAUUUAUUUUUUCUUUCACACCUUUUCUUUUUUAUUUCGUUGUCCCUUAAUUCCACUUCUUUUCUUUCUUUUCUUUUUCAUAGCUUUUCUAAUAUUUCAUUUUCUUCUUUAUUCUGAUUAUCUUUCACACUCAUCAUUUUUUUCUCUUUCCUUGCCUUUCGCUCUUUUUUCUCACUUUUUCUUUUUUUAUUCCUUUUUCUCCUUCGACCCUUUUUAUUCUUUAUUCUCUUUUCUCUAUCUCGCUCAUUCCUUUUCUCAUUCAUACGCUUUCUCCUCAUUCCGUUUUUUCUAUCUUCUUAGCAUUCUUUUCCCGCCUUAUGGAAUUAUUAUUUAUUUUCAUAUUCAUUUACAUUCAUUCUCCAAAUUAUUUUUCCUUCUUUAUUUUUUUCCUACUUUUCCAUCUUUAUUCUCUUUCUUAAAAAAUCAUUUUCUCCUUCUCCAUUUUCCUCCUUUUUCGCUUUUGUCAUUUCAUUUCGUCUUCUUUCCUCUCUUCUUUUUUCUUUUCUCUCUUAUUACUAUUCUCAUUCAUUCUUUUUCUUCGCCCUUUCUUUUUCUGUCUUCUUUUUCUCCUUUAUACGCAUUUUUCGUUUCUCUUCUUUGUUCUCAUUCAUUUUCUCCUUCAUUCAUUUUCUCCAUUCCUUUUUCAUUCAAUUCUCUAUCUUCUUCAUUCACUUUCUCCUUCAUCCCCUAUCUCCUUCGUUCAUUUUCUCCUUCAAUCCAUUUCUCCUUCAUUUCCUUUCUCCUUCAUUCCUUUUCUCUUUCAUUGCUUUCGCCUUCAUUCUUUUUCUUCGCCAUUCUUUUUCUGUCUUCUUUAUCUCUUUUAUCCGCAUUUUUCUUUUCUGUUUUUUAUUCUCAUUCAUUCCCUAUUCUUUCAUUUUGUCCUUCAUUCCUUUCUCCUUCAUUCAUUUUCUCCUUCAUUCCUUUUUUCAUUCAAAUUCCUUUUCUCCUUCAUUCCUUAUCUCUUUCAUUCUCUUCCUCCUUCAUUCCCUUUUUCUUCGCCAUUCCUUUUCUGUCUUCUUUUUCUCCUUUAUACGCAUUUUUCUUUUUUCUUCUUUAUUCUCCUUCAUUCCUUUUCUCUUUCACACGUCUUCUUUUCAUUCCUAUUUUAUUUAAUCUCUUUCUUUCCCAUUCCUUUUCGCCUUCCUACGCUUUUUAUUCUUAUUCCUUUUAUAUUUUUAAGUCCAUUUCUCCUUUUCAAUCUAUCUAUCUCAGUCUAUUCAUUGAUUAUCUAUCUAUCUAUCUAUCUAUCUCGGGCCAGACAGUUGUUCUCCUACAAAGAUAG